AUGCGCGAAAUCGUUCAUAUACAGGCUGGUCAAUGCGGCAAUCAAAUAGGCGCUAAGUUUUGGGAGGUUAUUUCUGACGAGCAUGGGAUUGAUCCUACUGGGACAUACCACGGGGAUUCUGACCUUCAGUUGGAACGCAUUAACGUAUACUAUAACGAAGCCACCGGAGGGAAAUAUGUGCCUAGAGCAGUACUAGUAGAUUUGGAACCAGGAACAAUGGAUAGUGUCAGAGCAGGUCCCUUUGGACAACUUUUCCGACCUGAUAACUUCGUUUUUGGACAGAGUGGGGCCGGAAAUAAUUGGGCCAAGGGCCAUUACACAGAAGGUGCUGAGUUAGUUGACGCAGUUCUUGAUGUUGUUCGAAAGGAAGCAGAGUCGUGCGACUGUCUACAGGGAUUCCAGCUGACUCACUCCCUAGGUGGCGGUACAGGAUCAGGCAUGGGCACACUCCUAAUAUCUAAGGUUCGAGAAGAAUACCCGGACAGAAUAAUGAACACUUUUUCAGUAGUACCCUCCCCAAAGGUUUCGGACACAGUUGUUGAGCCUUAUAAUGCUACACUUUCUGUGCAUCAGCUGGUCGAAAACACAGAUGAAACUUAUUGCAUUGACAAUGAAGCAUUGUAUGAUAUUUGCUUCCGAACUUUAAGACUAGGGACGCCUACCUACGGAGACCUUAACCAUUUAGUCAGUGCAACGAUGUCGGGUGUCACCACAUGUCUUCGCUUCCCAGGUCAACUGAACGCCGAUCUCCGAAAACUUGCUGUUAAUAUGGUACCUUUUCCACGACUUCACUUCUUCAUGCCUGGUUUUGCUCCGCUAACUAGUCGAGGGUGUCAACAAUACCGCGCCCUAACCGUACCUGAGCUGACACAACAAAUGUUUGACGCAAAAAAUAUGAUGGCAGCAUGUGAUCCUAGACAUGGACGUUACUUGACGGUCGCAGCUAUCUUCCGUGGUCGAAUGUCGAUGAAGGAAGUCGACGAACAGAUGCUUAAUGUUCAGAACAAAAAUUCAAGCUACUUUGUGGAAUGGAUUCCGAACAAUGUUAAGACCGCGGUCUGUGACAUUCCACCUAGAGGAUUAAAAAUGGCGGCAACGUUUGUCGGUAACAGCACGGCGAUUCAAGAGCUAUUUAAGCGUGUUAGUGAACAAUUCACUGCCAUGUUUAGGCGAAAGGCGUUUCUUCACUGGUAUACUGGUGAGGGCAUGGACGAAAUGGAAUUCACUGAAGCUGAAUCAAAUAUGAAUGAUUUGGUCAGCGAAUACCAGCAAUAUCAAGACGCUUGUGCUGAAGACGAGGGUGAAUUCGAGGAGGAGGAAGGCGAAGAGGGCUGA